AUGUCGUGCGCGGCCCCGCAUCAAGCGAUCUCAAGCAAUCUGACACACUAGAGCUUUCAGUCAAAAUGGCUGAUAACGGGGAAGAGGCAGUAUCGAAAGGUGUGCACAGGCGGGGAGCUUUAAGACAAAAAAAUGUUUUUGAAGUGAAAAACCACAAAUUUGUUCCCAGGUUUUUUAAGCAGCCGACAUUCUGUAGCCACUGCAAGGAUUUUAUUUGGGGAUUUGGAAAGCAAGGAUUUCAGUGUCAAGUUUGCAGUUUCGUGGUACACAAAAGGUGUCAUGAAUUUGUCUCCUUUUCCUGUCCUGGGGCAGACAAGGGUCCUGACUCUGAUGCCACCAACUUACAUAAAUUCAAAACACACAGCUAUGGAAGUCCAACCUUCUGUGAUCACUGUGGGUCGCUUCUGUAUGGACUGUUACACCAAGGACUCAAGUGUGAUGCAUGUGACAUGAAUGUUCACAAGAAAUGUGAGAAGAAUGUUCCAAAGCUCUGUGGUAUAGAUCACACAGAAAGGCGAGGCCGAAUAAAGCUCAAAAUCACCACUGUCAACAAUAAGCUCACCAUACAAAUUAUAGAAGGAAAGAAUUUAAUACCAAUGGAUCCAAAUGGACUAGCAGAUCCUUAUGUUAAAGUGAAAUUAAUUCCGGAUGACAACAACAAAACAAAAAAGAAAACCAAGACCAUCAAAGCUACCUUAAAUCCUGUGUGGAACGAAACUUUCACAUUCGACCUUUCCGCUGAUGACCAUUCCAAAAGACUUUCCAUUGAGAUCUGGGAUUGGGACAGGACGUCCCGGAAUGACUUCAUGGGAUCGCUGUCCUUUGGGAUCUCAGAGCUCCUCAAAGAGAACCAAGAUGACUGGUACAAACUCCUGAACCAGGAGGAGGGAGAAUUUUACGGCAUCCCUGUGACUGACGAUGCAAUAGCCAACAUGAAUGACCUUAGGAAAAAUCUACCGUCAAAUGUUGACAUUCAGAAACCUCCACCCCAACAUGUUGACGUGUCUCGAGGAACUGGCAGCAAACAAGACACCGUUAGAGCAACCGAUUUUAACUUCCUGACCGUAUUAGGAAAAGGCAGUUUUGGAAAGGUAGUCUUAGCAGAAAUGAAAGGAUCAGAAGAGCUCUACGCCAUCAAAAUCUUGAAGAAAGACGUGAUCAUCCAGGAUGAUGAUGUGGAAUGCACGAUGAUUGAAAAGCGUGUCCUGGCUCUACCCAACAAACCACCAUUCCUUGUCCAAUUACAUUCGUGCUUUCAAACCAUGGAUCGCCUGUACUUUGUCAUGGAGUAUGUCAAUGGUGGAGAUCUCAUGUACAGAAUUCAGCAGGAAGGGAAAUUCAAAGAACCAGUGGCUGCAUUCUAUGCAGCUGAAAUUGCUAUAGGAUUGUUUUAUCUACAUAGUCAAGGAACCAUUUACAGAGAUCUAAAGCUAGACAAUGUGAUGCUGGACUCUGAUGGCCACAUUAAGAUAGCAGACUUUGGGAUGUGUAAGGAAGGCAUUUACAAUGACAAGACAACCAGAACAUUCUGUGGAACCCCAGAUUACAUUGCCCCAGAGAUAGUCCUUUAUCAGCCAUAUGGAAAGUCAGUGGAUUGGUGGGCCUAUGGAGUCCUCCUCUAUGAAAUGUUGGCAGGACAGCCUCCAUUUGAUGGGGAGGAUGAAGAAGAGUUGUUUGCUUCCAUCACAGAUCACAAUGUCUCCUAUCCAAAGUCUAUGUCCAAAGAAGCUGUUUCCAUGUGUAAAGCACUCUUAACAAAAAAUCCCACCAAGAGGCUAGGGUGUGGACCUAAUGCUGAGAGAGACAUCAAAGAUCAUGCCUUCUUCAAACGAAUCAUGUGGGACAAAAUCGAGCAGCGCGAAGUCCAGCCGCCUUAUAAACCCAAAAUUAGUAACCCAAGAAAGGCUGAAAAUUUUGACAAGAUGUUCACUGCAGCAAAACUGAAAAACACGCCAACUGACAGUGUUGUUAUUAUGAACAUAGAUGAGAAUGCAUUCCGAGAAUUUACAUACGUCAAUCCUUUCUUUACUGAUUUUGCCCAUACUGAAAACACUUCAUUAUAGCUCGCCGGAGGUUUCUCUAACAUGUAAUUGGGUAGUGGACAUUUUAAACAGAAAAAAAAUUUGCAGCAAAAUCGGAAAUAGCAUCUUUUCCCCUUUCUUUCAAGAACAUUCAAGGGGGAAACAAUCGUAGUCGGAAAGAAACAUGGAAUUUCGAAGGGAAAAUAGUCACCUCAGAUAUAUUUCACUCUGAAAUUUUCCAAUGAGAUUUUUUUUUAUCAUUGUUAUGUGCAUAUGCAAUCAAAAUGAAUGAACUAAAAAUGUCAAGAGAUGUUUUGUGUGAUUGAUGUAUACAUGUGUGUAGUUUGUGUGUGUAAACAUGCACAUUGCUGUUGUUUAGAGAUGAUUCACAUGUGCAAAUGACCUUGACAUUAAUUUUGGUGGUUAGUGUAUGUGUGUUUGUAUUUAGAGAACAAAUAUGAAAGUGUAUGUUUAGAAAAUUAAUACAGUUACUGUAACUUAUGUGUAAUCUUUUCAGGAAAUUUUGAUUACAGUACCGGUAUUUUUUUUUUUUUUUUUUUUUGAAAACUCAUGAAAAUAGGGUAUUUUAAUGUAAUGACCUUGUUUGAAUGUUAUUUUUGGCUGAUAAAUCACUUUUUUGUAAGAACUGGUUCGAUUUCAAAUUUGAAAAAUUUAUAUUAGUUAUUUCUGUGCUGAUUUAUAUUCCAUUAGUGUUAUGAAGCCAAAUGCUAUACUUUAACCCCUCACCCCCACCUCAAAGUUUGUAGCACAUUUUCAUCUGAAUAUCUGUUAGGUCAGGUUUAUUAAAUUAAGUGAGUUAGUUUAUUAAAAACCAAAGACAGACGGUCUACUUUUUCAUUUUCAGUGCAUGUAAAAGAAAAUUUAUAUUCUCUUCUAUGUAAAAAAUAACCUCUUAACUUAUUUUCUUGCUUAUGGAAACUGUGCAUUACAUUUUAUACUUUUGUUACAACUGAAAUUUUAAAGCAUGGCCAUGGGAUUUUCUUCUUUAAUUUCUAAACCAUAAUGAGAUGAUUUUUUCACGCACUAUAGAUAAAGGUGCAACUAUGAUAUGUGUAUAUGAUAUUUUUCUGGUAGAUGGAUGACAUUUGUAUGUACAUAUACAUGUAUUUAUAUACACGCUUGUCUGUCUGUUUCCUUAAGUAUAUAACAACACUGAGAUUUAAUUUCAAAGAGUUAUAAUCUAUUUGUCUAAAUAUAUAUAGUCUCAUUUUGUACAUGUAUGAUUUUAAAAACACACCAUGUAAUCCAUGCAAUACGGCAGUGGUUCAUUUAUUAACCGGUUCUCGUAGGUUGUUUCGAGCUGUCUUAUUUAUUUCAUGUCUCAAUUAAUUAAUCAAUCAAUUAAAUAUUCAUUUAGCCAAGAGGAAGCAAAUAUGUAGUUCUAUUGGGUAGAAAACAGAGAGAACCUGUUUUGCUAACUGUUCAUGAACCAAAAUGGGAGAAAUGUAAACCCAUGCAAUGAUCAAGUAGUUGUAGAUUCAACUGUUAUGUUUUAUUAUGUUGAUCAAGCUUUGGCUUGAAGCUAUGGAACAAAAUCUGUUUGCUUGCUCACUAAAUAGACCAGAGACUGCUGCCAAGUUUCAACAAGAAUGGCAUAACUUAAUUGUGAUGGUGAAUUUAUAGAGGGGUCUUGGAAAUGCCAACUUGUGUUCCAUUUUUUAAAGAAUAUUGAAAGGGGAGGGAAACAUGCUCAAAAACCAUCAAUUGUUAUUGUUUUGUUGGCUUUUGCAAUAUUUUUUUUUCUUUGUAACAUCUUGCCAUUUUACAUUGUUACUGGUCAUGGUUUCAGAUCUAGAACUACAUUCAUUAUUUAGCAAGCAUGCUGAACAGAAAAAAACACAUGAAAAAAACAUGCAUAUUGAAAAGGUGUUAGACAAGCUGACAAGCAAGCUGUUAAAAAAUUGAUCGAAGCAAACAUCUUGUUAAUGAUACUACUUUGCUCAUUUUUAUUCCCAUAUUUCUUAAAAAACUUUAUGAAUAAUUGAUCAAGCAAAUAGCGGUAAUAUGAACUUUACAUCCAAAAAAUUCUAUCAGAGACUGGUGAUAAAUUUGGGAGAUUGAUGAUGAUUUUUUGGUCUUAUCCUUUUGUUUCUCUCUUUCUCUCUCUCUAAUGACUCCAUGCAUUCAGCUCCAAGGUUAUUAAAUAUUAUAUUAAAUAGAGGUAUUGUACCUGGAAUGGAUCAAAGGAAACAGAGAUUACCACAUACAGUAAAACUCGUUUAGUACGAACUUGGAUAUAGCGAAUUCUCGGAUAAAGCCAACUGAUUUUGAGCCCCGUAGAGGUGAAUAAUAAUGAAAUUUAACACUUUUAUAACAAAUUUCUUUACUGUUUAGAAAGUUUGCACUACCAUUUAACAUAAUAGUUUGAAUGAAUUUAUUUUCAUGAAAAUUUUCCAUUUUUUAAUCUGAUUAUUAAAGGUAUCAAAGGAAUGUAUUUUUUAUUUUAAGCCUCAAUUAGCAAAAAUUGUAGUCUUGCAAAAGAAGACAUGUUAAUAGUGAAUUCGUUUUAGUAAUUACUAUGAAUUCGUUAAACGGAUAUAACGAAUUACGGAUAUAACGAAGUAAAUCCAUUGGUCCCUUGGACUUCGCUAUAACCGAGUUUUACUGUACUGUGAUUCUUUUUCCCCCGCUUAUUUUUACCCCCAUUAAAUGAUUUGCCCUCAUAUUUGCUGGUUGAAUUAAACAAAUAAUAUACAAUUGCUGCAGUUUUUAGAGUCAACACAAUGAUUUAGCUACCCUCACAGUACAAUAUUUCACCUCCAAGAAAUUGCCAAAAUAUUUGAAUUAUCUUGCACCAAAAAAAUUAGCUUCCCGUUCACGCUUGCACAUAGAAUGUAUGUGCUGUUUCCAUAGCGUGCUCAAUAUUGCAUCAUAUUGUAAACACAGACCAGUUGUUAAAUGGCAAUAAUUAAUCCAAGUAAAAAAGGUGAUUGUCAUUUUCUAAAUUUUUCUUCAAAUACAUGUACAAUUUACGUGCUGUUUCCUAAGUCCUUUCUGUCGUAGCGUGAUAACCUACAUUCUAAUAUAAGCAUAUAACAUCAUGGGGGUAGUGAAAGAUGAAAGAGAUAUAACAUUUAUUUAUUAUAUUGAUGUCAGUAAGAGUAAUUACCGUAGGCAAAAUUAACAAGGGGCAAAAGGAGAACUGCAGGCAGUACUAUCGGUACUUGAUUGAGCAAUCAUAGGUUGAAAGAUCAGUUAGAGCGAUUGGAAAUCCUUUAGAAUGGAAUUUAAAAAUAGGCCAUAUCCAUUUUAUAUUACUGGUACGCAUUUAGAGAAGUUAAAGGUUACCUCACUUUGUAGGACACUGGCAUUAUACUGCUGUAAAAUCAAUAAUUCACUCCUGAUUCAAACCAGUUUGUUUAAUUUGGGGGUUUUUUCAAUUUGAUAAGAAAGAAAAAAAGUGUUCUUUUUUUCUGUAAUGAAAAUUUUUUUUUUUUUAUUUAUCGGGGAAAUUAUUUUUGGAAGUCUUCAUGUUUAUUUUGUCAUACUGCUGAUUUUUUUUUAAUUGCAGCAUAAUUAUUUAAUCAAAAAAUGUUUAUGUUUUGUACAAGAAGACUUAUGUAUACAACCCCAAAUUCAGUUAUAAUUUGUGUCUUUUUCAUAUACACUUGUCAUGAACAUUUUCAUGUACUGAAACUUUUUGAAAAAGUUUCUGGAUUUUUAAAACUUUACAUGUAUUUAUUUUGUAACCUCAUUUUGUUCCCAAAACAUGUUUUGAAAGAUUCUGAUACCUUUACUGAAAGUAUCCAAAUUAGUCUUAUAUUAAGAAACCUCCCACCAACUUUUUGUAUUGUGGAAAAAAUGAGCUCUUAAAAGAUAUGGGGUUUUUUUUUCACUUGUUUCUUUUUAAGAAAGAAUAUUUCACUUUUUUUUUCAGAGAUCAUUUAUUAUAUUAACUGUUAAAUCUUGUUGUCUGCUCCACUGUUUGUUGACCAUUAUUAAAGCAACCUUAUGAAAAACUUAUGAAAAAGAUUUUUAGUUUGUUUUUCAUGCCUAGUCAUUCGGUUUUGCCACCCAAGUUUUUUUUUAUAAAACAACUAUAACGACUUUCAUGUCCCCUAAAGAUAUAUAUGAUAUACAUAUGAUAAAAAUUAAUUCUUAGAAUUUCUUUCAUCGUGCUCAUUGUAAGUUGUUAUUAAUUAUUCUUUAACUCAGCUAGUAAUUUCAAUAAAUUACUGGUAAUUUUUUACCUUAGAUCUCUUCAAAUUUUACAUCAAUAUAUUUUAUUUUGUAUAACUACCCUGAAUAUAUAUAGAUAUUAAAAGACUGUUGUUGAGAAUUUAAAGAUACCGGUAUACCAGGAAUACAGCGAAACCCCAUUUAAUAUAAAACUCAUUAGAACUGAGAAAAGUGUUUGAGACACUCAAGAAUUUGAGAUAUAGGUACCGGUGAUAAAGAUAAACAAAGAAACUAUGGUUCUCAACUCAAGCUCACUUCGAUAUAUUAAUGGUAUUUGAGAUAUUGAUAUUUGAGAUAUCAAAGUUGAACUGUAUUUUUAAAACGGAAAACUCCUGAGGUUUGUGAUGAGAAACAUACAUCCGUCUUGUUCAUUUUGUAUUUGCAAUAGAGCCUUGCAGAUUGGAUUGAACACACAUAUGUUGUAUAGAAUUCAUAUCUCCACAAGGUUUGGGAAUAGAAAACAUGGAUAAAAGCCACAUCUCAUUGCAAUUAAUGGGAGACUCUAUACAAGUACUUAUAUGCUGUGGAUGCAUGGUUAAACCAGGGCAAAAGAAACAACCAGUCCUAGAAGAGAGAAAAGACUGCAUGGAAAAGAAUGUAGGGAGUGUAUAUGUACAAUGUAUAAAUAUCUUUUUUCUUAAGUUGAAUUGAACAACUCUUAACUAUAAAUUGAAAUGGUUACUGUAUGGAAAAAAUAGUAAAAGCCUUUUUUAUGGACGGUGAAAUGACAGUAAAAUUGAUUUUUUAAAACUGUUUCCAUUUUGUCAUGAAUAAGAUGUAUGAGAACUAAUUCUGUGUUUACUAUCGCUGCAUGAUAAUUGGCAACCAUCUAUAUUGUAUGUGAGCUUGUCUAAAACAUUUUCUAGU